CGAGACAGCGGGGUCACACCAAGGUUAGGUUCUUCAAUGGCUGCCUUGAUUGGUCGUGGCUGGUCGUAAUGAGUGUGUGUAAUUCUAACCGCCCACACUCCCACUGGCUAGACCGGCCGGCCCCUCUUUCACCGCCAUUGUCACCAGUCUCUCUCCUUGCAGACUGUCUCAAACGGCCCCACCCCCACCGCCACCCCACCUCACGUCUGGCUGGAAACGCUCCCUCUUUCAAAGAGCAGGAGGGGGUUGGGGGGGUUUUGAGCCUGCCCACAGGAGCACGUAACCGUGAGGCAAUCUUUUGAAUGAAUGCGAGACGAGAAGACGGGGAACAACGCAGGACGGCAAGAUGUGGGGAGCCGACUCUUAAUUGCCAACGUUAGCUACGCCGGGAGGCAGCGAUCAUGGCGUGAAAAAAUACGGGGCCGGAAAGGAAGACUUUUACAGCUGGCCGCUGUAGAAGUAGUCCUCCCUUUCCGCGUAGGGCCGCUAACUGGCGGCUCUUCCCCGGUAUCCAGUUUCUCCCGAUCCUCAUGCAAAACCUAACGGUCCGGGGCAGCUCCAACUCAAACUCCAAUGUCAUUUGUUCCUGCAACUGCACCGGAUCCCAGCCCCAGGGGAUGGAUAUAUCUGAACUGGAGUUUGUUCAGAUAAUCAUUAUAAUCGUGGUGAUGACUGUGAUGAUAGUAGUGAUCGUGUGCUUGCUCAACCACUACAAGCUCUCCAGCUGGCCCCUCAUCACCCGACACAGUCAGAGCAGGAGACAGGAGGAGGCGCUGCGGACGGAUGGGUGCGCAUGGCCGUCGGAUAGUCUGGUGUCGCAACACGGAGGCUCAGAGACGAUGUACGGGGCGAGGUCGCGGGACAGGUUCACCGCCGCCCCCCCCUUCUUCGCGCAGAGGGACCGGUUCGGGCGCUUCCAGCCCACCUGCCCGCACCUGCGGGAGCAGCAGAUCGACCUGCCGCCCACCAUCGCCCUGUCGGACGGGGAGGAGCCGCCCCCGUACCUGGGGCCCUGCAAGCUGCAGCUGCGGGACCCCGAGCAGCAGCGGGAGCUGAACCGCGAGUCGGUCCGGGCGCCGCCCAACCGGACCGUCUACGACAGCGAGCUGGCGGGGGGGCCGCGCCCGCCCAGCUGCAACUCGGGCGUCAGCGCCGCCGGCUCGGGCGGCCGCGGCGGGCCCGCCGACGGGCCGCCGCCCGCCUACAGCGAGGCGGUGGGCCGCCACCACCACCCCGGCUCUUCCUCCUCCUCCUCCGCCUCCUCCUCCUCCUCCGUACACCAGCACAGCAAUAAUCCCCCCUCCGCCCAGAGGCCCGGGAGCAGGACGGUCUCGCAGGGCAGGAACGAAAGCACAAUAGUCCUAAUCAAGGCCAAGGAGGGUCGGCGGGACAGACUGGUGUGAAGUUUGGGGGGAGGUGGGGUCCGGGGACCCGCCCCCCUCCCCCCCCCACCCCACCCUCACCCCACCUCCUCUACACAAAAGGGGUGUGGCUUCUUUUCUUAACACUCCCUGCACUUGAUUCAAUGUUGACUUGUACUACAGCAACGAGUAAGCAAGCAAACAAACAAACAAACAAACAAAAAGAGGAACCAACUUUUUUUUUUUUUUUAAAGAAAAAGAAAACGUGAGCUUUUUCAGUCGUUUUGCGAGGACUGCAGCGUGGAUGUUUUGGCUUCAUAGCUACUUUUUUAUUCCGUCAUUUCUUUCAGAAAAAGAUGAUUAGCACAGGUUAAACGACGCCCGCCCUGCCUGAGGACUGACCUGGUCAUGGGACGGAGUGUUAGUCUCUCUGCGAGACCAAGGUCUGUGCACAACCAAGACUCAAAACCAACCCAAAUCUGAGUGCCAAGUUUCACGUGGAAGUCAUUUUGGGGGAACUGACUCGUUUAGAAUUCAAAAGGAAAACUCUAUUGCACUAUCUUAUUGUUUAAAAGAGAAGAGGGAAAUGCUGUUUAUUAUUUAUGUUGUUUUUUUUCUUUUUGGCUUUUUUUUUUGUUUUGUUUUUUUUUGGACCAUUGGCUUCAAAGGUAUUUUUCAGUGGGAGCCAACUGGCUUUUUUUUUGUUAUUGAAAACAUGAGAUGUACUCAGAUCCAGCCUAAAAUCUCCAUGGUUCAAAUGACUUGUGAGGAGACACUUGAAAACAAAAGCAUACAUACUUGUUCACAUUCCAUUACACUUCCAACAGACCACGUAAAAAUGGCUGCUCUGAGUCUGGUGGGUAAGAAGGCCUGUGGACAGACUGUUUCGACGACACCGUGUGAAAUCUUGUAGGCCACUUCACGGCGUGGUCAAACUGGCCACAGCCGAGACGAAGCAGUGAAAGCCUUUGGGUUGUCAUCGUGAACGCACCCAUCUUUUAAUGACAUACCAACGUACGUUUUCAAAUUUUCUGAAGGCGGAGUCGUCUCUAAGCAAAAUGUUCCUGUCUACCCACAGGCGUUUGGUGAGACUGAACAGCUGGAUUUUUGUUGUAUACAUUUAAUGUGAUGGAUUAGGGCUAAAUUUGGUUCUGUGUUACGCGCCCCCCUCAUCUCUCAUCCAGUUUCAGUCGGUACCAUGGAAACAGGCCGAAUUCCGAGAAAAUGGCCAGGUUAGCAGUCCCAUGUUCAUUCUCCCGUUUCCUGAUCUAAUGGAAGUCCUAGGGCUGGAAUUUUCCAGGGCAAGCCCACCCGGCGUCGCGUACUGGUUAACGCGCGCCUUACAGCUCCGAUCACGCAGACGUUUACCCAGUCCACUCGGUCCACGUUUUCUGCACUUAGCGUCGUCUGUCUCCAUACAGAAGUGCCACGCGCAUUCAGCCGAUGUCCAAAAAAAUAAUAAAUAAUAAUAAUAAGAAUCCAGUAUCCGGAAGCUGGAAGAGCGCGUGCGUGAUUGUGUAAUCAGGUUUAGAACUGUGAUUAAGUAAAGGGCUGUGCUUGAGAGGGUCAGUUUAAAAAAAAAAAAAACAUAGAUUUAGCCUCGUCCCGCUUUCGCCACGUUCUCCAGGUCACGUUACGCAGCGUUAAUCCGCAGCCACGGCUACCACUCGUGCAUUGUUUACUACCUGCCUUUGCCCACGUGCAGAAGGUGUCUUUUACCUUGCAGUCGGGCUUGCGGGUUCCUUCAGAGAGGAGCCUGGACGCUCUGGCCAAACUUCGCCACACGUGGGCUUUUCAGCGGGAUCUUCCAUGCGAAAGAAAGAAAACUUGUAGCAACAGAGCAAGAAAUGGCGGGUGCUCUUAAUCGCGUGAUGAGAGUUUGUGGUUUUGAAGCGCAUCUGCAAAAAUUCACUUUUGUACACUUUUGCUUUUUUUAAAUACGAAAAAUAUUUUGUCACUAUUUUGAUUCGAUAACUAUGCCCUCGUUAUUUGUGUAAUAUGUAAUUAAGAAAGUAAUAUAUUUGCUAUGGUUAACCACAUGUUUGUAUAGAGGAGAUACAGACAGGAACUUCAGAUUUAGCCUCCAACCAACCCAUGUCCACCGAUAAGAUGUACUUUGGGGCCCAGUUGUAAAUGUGUACCAACUUAUCUUUGCCUCAGACCAAUCCCUUGACCCGCGCAUACUGUAGGCGUGUGGGCUCGAGCCCUGUAGGUGUAUGUCAGAGUUUCUACGGGCACUGUACGAGUUUACUCUUGAUGGCCGUCAGCGACAGGUCUGCAUCAUAGGUUAGGACCGAUCCAAACUGACCGAAACAAUUAACUUGGCACAAGCAGUGAUUUAUUUUAAUUUUUCUAAUUAUUACCCCCCCCCCCCCCCCAAAAAAAAACAUAUUUUUAUCCCGAGUUCCGCUCAUAGUCAUUUGCACGGUUGAAAACUGCAUUUUCAAUGGCCACGUGUUAAGCAUAAGUCUCUGAUCAGUGCACAGUGCAGUUUUACACGUUUACUGGCGUCCUCGCCAAUAUCUGUUGGCGAUGGAACGACGUAAUGUAGCGUUAUGCCUUUUGUGGAUUCUUGCUAUGCUUAUGUAAUGAGCAAAUCCACAAUUUUUCCACGUGGACGUACAAAUGACGAUAUCGGCAGCCUAGAAUUGUAUGCAUAAAAUAUCCUGACGUGGGUUUGGUAAGUGUUGAAGAAAAAAGGCAGGAUCUUGAUUUUCGACAUUGACAUAAAAAGCCACUUCAUCGACUCCUAAUCGGAAUUUUGUUCCCCGGCACUCCUUAUGAGUGCAGUUUGUAUUCCUUCCGCAUUUUCCUUGUUCUAAAUCGCUGCUGCUGUUGCUACUGCUGCUGCUGCUACUACUACUUACUACUAUUACUACCGCUGCUGCUGCUGCUGUGUUCUCCUGGCUUUGUUCCUUAAUGUAGAAUGCGACUGAUCCUCCCCUUAUUUAGAGUAACGAGCGGUUGUGUUUGUGCUUCUGUUUUGUUUGUUUGUUUGUUUUCCCCUCUCGUUGUCCCUUUGUCCUAGUAAAUAACGAAAACUUUGUAUAAAAAAAAAAGAUCUUCAAGGUUUGCAUGUUACUAUUAUGUGAGCAAAUAUGGUGCCUAACGUUCAUGUUUGAGCUGAUGUAGGAACCCAGUUGCACUCAAGCUCCUACAACUUCAUCGUGCCUCAUUUCCAAAGGUGCUUCUUUCACUAGUCUGUCUCUCUCUGUUUAUUUGUAAGGUGCUGUACAUAACUUGAAUAUAUUAUGCACAUAUCCUACCCAGUGGGUAGAAACCACAGAAAUACAUUGUUAAUAAUGUAAUAUACAGAGGAUAUUUAAAAAAAACCAUUAACACGGUGGCAUAAAAUUUGGAAAUGCCUACAAAUGUGCUUUGUCUUUUUUAUAAACAGAAGAAUUGAAGAUUUAAAUAGCCUAUCGCUUUCUUACGUUAUACAAAAAAAUACAACCUGCUAAUUUCCCUAAUAGCUACGUCUGUUACUUAAGGAUGAAACAUAAUGCUCCGAAAUCGCACUGUUUCUAAACAGAAUGGGUACUCUCGGUCUUAUUUUUGCUUUUCAUGAGGAUUUUCAUCAGUGCCACUGCGCUUGCCAUUUUUUUGUGCCAGUUACGCGGUUAGACCAGUUCGGCUGUUGAACACACGGCGUGAAUAGUGUCGGCUGUUAUUCGCACAACCUUCGAUAGAAAAAUACUUAAACGACGACUGAAUAAACAGACACAACCCAAGUAUUAUGAGGUCUUUUUACACUGGAAAACAAGAAACUAUCUUUUGCAGACCCUGCCUUUGUUUUAAACCCGUUCUCAAGGGAGGCCAUCUCAUGGGGUGGUCUGUAGUAUAGAACUGUCAUAAACAGUCUUGGCUUUGUUGCGUUUCCAGUGUCUGUAGACUUCGAAGAGUAUAAUUGCAGUUUUAGUCAUACCCGUACUGUGUCCCUAAGUAGCUUGUUCCAAUGGCACAUUGAGUGAACCCAUGUUUAUAAGGACACAUUGAGCAUGACGUCACUCGCUGUGUCCGCGUGAGUACUGUUACCCGAAUUCUCAAGCUUUGAGUCGGACCAUCUAGCUUUAUGUUGAUCUUUUAGAGGUGAAGUCCACGUCCUGGCUUUUGAGGCAUGCACAUUGGCACUGUAGGUAGAGGUUCUCCCCGUUGGUAUCGGCCAACAUUUUGAUGUGUCACCUGUGGUGGAGAAUUCUCGCUCUUCUAUUGAGUCCAACUGCAAUUGCCUCUCCUUAACGCUGUCCUGUUGAUCGAAUAGACGUUCAGACAAGUUUAACCGAUCAAUGCAUGUACAGCCUAACAAUGUAUAGGGUAUGUGGCACGAUAACUUGCAGUUUGGCAAAAGUGUGGUCACCUUCACAUUAUUUUUCCACUUUUAGGAACUGAAAUUAUAAAGGGCUGGAAUUCGAAAUUCCUCAGUGCAUUUUUAAAGGCAUACUUUGUAUUGAUCCUAGUCAUAAAUUACCAAGCGACGCAUUUUAUUAAAUGAAAGGUAAGCUACUGGAGACAUCGUAACACUUUCAUUAUACAAGCCUGUCAACCAACCAAAUAUGGGCAAUGCAGUUCCUCAUUUCAUCACAUUAUCUAUUUUAUACAUAAAACGUGUAUGGUGUACAGUAUAGAAAAAAUUUCAAUUGCACUCAAUGCUAAAUCCACUGUACAAUAGUUACGCAUGUUCAUUGUCUGUGUGUACAUAGAAAUGUCAUUUCUUAAACACAUACGCACACGUACACAAAUGCAGUUACGCAGUUUUGAGCAGUCACUAUAAUUCUUGUUCCGACUAUAGGCUAUUCAUUUAUUUCUCUGCAGUUGCUUGAACUAAUGUGGGCGCUGAGCAAAUUCGCCACGGCUUUCCAUGAGCUACCAUGAACCUGUGUGCGAUAGCUGACGGCAGUCCCUUUUUUCCGCUCCUAAAUUAUCACGAGUAUGUCGGUCUUGGUAAUGAUCUGUGUAAUUUAUCGCAGGACUGCAUCGGCUAUUGGACUUUGUACCGUUUGUUUGCUUUACUCAAAAUGAAUCCCAGUGAAUUGGGAAGAGAAAAAAAAAAACUGUAUAUUUUUGCCUCUUUAUUUAAGCAGUUGUGAUGUCAUAGGUUUUAGACCGAAGGUCGGUAAUUGCAAUACAUCUACGGAAAAGAAAAACGAAAAUAUAUAUAUAUUGCUCCAAAUGCUGUUGUAGUCCUAAAUAAAGAAUCUAUGCUUGUACUUAUGCUGUGGUCAAACUGCAGCAGAAUAAUUAAAACUUUUAAAAAGA